AAGCAAACAAAGAGGAUAUAUACUUUCCCUACAACUUCAAGUGAGUGUUAUAACAUACAUUAUGCUUGUGCAGCUUCCACUUUAUUCUCGUAAUCAUUGAGCUAUGCUUGUGCAGCUUCCACUUUAUUCUCCUAAUCAUUGAUCUUAAGAAAGGAGUCGUAAAUGUCAUGGACUCGAAACGUAAAGAACAUGCGGAAUGGGCGGACAUGGCUGCCAUCCUCCAGAGGGCUUGGAAACAGUUCAUCAAUACUGUUCCGGGUAAAUGGAAACCGGAGCUUACAUUUAAAGAUUACCCUUGUAUGAGGCAGGAAUCCGGGAAUAACUUAUGUGGAUACUACGUCUGCGACUUCAUUCGUGAGAUGGCAAGUCACAGGGAUGCGGAGGACGCUAUACACCACACUCGUAUGAUACGCCUGCGGGACUCUCUCAUAACGGAGGAUCGCAUACGAGCAAUUCAAGAGGAACUCGCGGGAUUCUUUCUUAACGAGGCCCUUGCCCCAAAUGGAGAGUACUAUCGGCAGUUCGUAGAUCUUGAACGACGUAGUGGUCACGCAUUAUUGUGGGAAUAGAUUUAGUAAAGAGGUCCGACUUUAUAUUAUAAAUAUGCAUACAUUACAUGUACCGUUGACGAUGUCUAUA